AUGUCACCACUGAUGGCAGAAAGGAUGGACAGUAUGGACUGCAGAAAUGAGAGAGUGAUGGGUAUAACGUUAACUAUAGAUCAGACAAAAAUUAGCAUUAUCCAAACAUAUGCUCCACAACAGGGCAGAAGUCUGAGGGAGAAAGAGCAGUUUUAUGAAACUCUACAGGAAAUGACAGAAACAAUAAGACAUCACGAGAAUGUCAUUGUCAUGGGAGACAUGAAUGGACAUGUCGGACAGAAUAGAGAUGGAGUAGAGCACGUCAUCGGAGAGUUUAGCAUUGGCGAAAGGAACCAGGAGGGAGAAAGAAUAAUAGAUUAUUGUGUGAUGAAUAACAUGUCCAUUAUGAAUACUUAUUAUAAACAUCAGGAGAGCCAUAAAUGGACAUGGUAUCGGUGGAAUGCAGCACAACAAGGAUAUACUGAGAGGUCAAUGAUUGACCUGUUUCUCACCAACAAGAAAAACAUAUUUAAAGAUGUUAGGACCAUACCAUCUGUGUCCUUAGACUCUGACCACAGGUUGGUGGUGGCUAAAUUAAAAAUUGUAAAACCAAAGGAAAAAGUCAAGAAAAAGCAAAAGAGAUUCAAACUGGAAAACCUCAAGGACGAAGAGAAGAAGCAAGCACUACGGCAACUGGAAGAACAAGGAGAGAACCCAAAUGAGAUCAGUACAGAGGAAGUGAAGGAGGCACUAAAGAAGAUGAGAAGCGGCAAAGCCCCGGGGGACGACGAGCUCCCUAUAGAGCUAUUUAAAGCUGCUGGGGAAGAAUGUGUAGAGUGGAUGAGUGCUGAUAAAGAAAAAGAUCUUUGUGUCGUUGUGUCAAACGACCUAAAGCUGAGUCAACACUGCACAGAAACCGUAAAGAUGGCAAAUAAAUUUGUAGGGUUCAUUGGAAGAACCUUUGAAUUUGAAUCAGGAAAGGUUAUACUUGCCUUAUAUAACUCACUGGUGCGCCCUCAUCUAGAAUACUGUGUAUAG